AUGAAGUCUUCUAUCUCGAAACUAGCCAUGGUGCCCGACGUCCUUCGUGAGUCGGUGUCCCUCACAAGGGCAUCUUAUCGAAGGCUGGGGAGUAGCGGACUACGGGUAUCAAAUCCGAUACUCGGAGGCGCACAUCUCGGCAGCUCUCGCUGGCUCCCAUGGGUCUUGGAAGAAGAGAAGGCAUUGGGUAUUCUCAAGGCUGCCUACGAUCGAGGUAUAAAUACAUGGGACACAGCAAACGCUUAUUCGAAUGGUGAAUCUGAGCGGCUCAUGGGUAGAGCUCUGCAGAGGUAUAAAAUUCCUCGCCGCAAGGUCGUCUUGAUGACAAAAUGUUUCCGUGUUGUUUGCGACCAUGAACAUUAUGACCCUGGUGCAGCUGUUCUCAUGCAUCAUGAGGUGGCUGAUUCCAGCAAAGACUACGUCAAUCAAUGGGGAUUAUCACGAUCGGCCAUUUUCAACGCAGUCGAGGCAUCUCUCGAGCGUCUCAACACGACUUAUAUUGAUGUUCUGCAAAUACAUCGAUUUGAUCCGACAGUCCCGCCCGAGGAGACGAUGAGUGCACUACAUGACAUGGUCAAGUCUGGAAUGGUCCGUUACUUGGGCGCAAGCUCAAUGUGGGCACAUCAGUUCGCCAUUCUCCAGCAUGUUGCGGAGAAAAACGGAUGGACGAAGUUCAUCUCGAUGCAAAACCAUUAUAACCUAUUGUACCGCGAGGAAGAACGGGAGAUGAUUAGGUACUGCACGCUUACGGGGGUUGGCCUUAUUCCAUGGGCUCCAUUGGCCGGUGGCAGGCUGGCACGUCGACAAGGCCAGACAGCCUACACGGUCAGAACGUCAGUCAACGAAAUGGGCGGCUUCUACGACCGUGGUAGUGAUGGUGACUCUGAAAGGAUAAUAGCGAGGGCGGCGGAAAUUGCUGAUGAACGUGGCUGGCCAAUAUCACAUGUCGGGUUGGCUUGGCUCAAUCGGAGGGUGACAGCACCCAUAAUCGGCUUCAGCAGCGCGGAGAGGAUGGAUGAGGCUCUUGGAGCUCUGGGUAAGGCGUUGACAGAGACGGAAGAAGAAUAUCUGGAGGAAUUAUAUCAUCCAAGGGCUAUACAAGGUCAUUCAUAA